AUGGAGAUCCACAUCCUGUCAUAUGAUGCCAGGCUGAAGCCUCAGAGGAAGCUGCUCUUCUUCAGCUGCAUGAUGCUGUUUGUGGUGGCUGCAAUGGCGGCCACAUUCCUGCUGGUGCCACGGGGUUUCAGCGCAGGCGAGAUUGACAUCCAGUCAGACCACAUGUCCUGGAACACCACCAAGGGCACCUACCAGCUCAACCUGCUCGCCAGCAUACCCAUCAACAACCCCAACUUCCUGAAUGCAAAGGUGGAGGGCAACCUGAAGGUGUACUUCUAUGACACAGAGGCAGGCUCGCGCGAUGUCAAGGCCACCGUCAUUCCGGCGCGCACCUUUCCACAGGUGCUGGAGGUGACGGUGGAUGCUAGCAAUGUGCCGGGGGAAUAUGCGCUGACAAUCCUGAGUGAGUGCGCGGCGUUCCCUCGACGCCUGGUCUUCUUCUUGAAAGGCUCCCUCUCGGUGAGGGACUUUUUCCAGAAGGUGGACCUGUCGCCUAUCGACACCUACUUCAUGAUAGACUGCGUCAACGGCGGCAAGGUGCCGGGGCCGGGCCCCCCGGUGGACCCCUCAGACCUGGAUUCUGCGCUGCCCACCCCAGUGCACAAUGCAGCAGAGGAGCUGCUGCAAUGA